UACAACUUUCACUCUCUCUCCCCCUUUAUUUCCUUUCAACAAAACCUCUCUUUUGGUCUGCUUCUACUUUUGUGCGAGUAUUUUCAUCGUGGUUUUCAUUAACUUUUCAUUACUUUCCAAUGGCAUUGAGCACCCAAAGAGCCACUGCAUCUUUUCUUUCGAAUGAAUCAGCUCCUCGAUGGAAGUAUGAUGUGUUUUUGAGUUUUAGGGGUGUAGACACCCGUAAGGGUUUUGUAUCCCAUUUAUACCAUGAAUUGUGGGAGUGCCAAGGAAUUACUACUUUCUUUGACGAUAGAGAGCUAGAAGCGGGAACCAGUAUUCCUGUUGAGCUCCCGAGUGCGAUCAAAGAAUCGCAUAUUGCAAUCGUUGUUCUUUCACCAAACUAUGCUUCUUCCAAAUGGUGCUUGGAUGAACUGACAACCAUUCUUCAGUGCAUGGAAGCCAGGAACUCAGUUCUGCCGGUCUUUUAUGAGACAGAUCCAUCUGACGUUGGGAAUCAGAGGGGGUCUUUUGCCAAAGCCUUUGCUGAGCAUGAAGAAAAGUUCACUAGUACCGAAGAGAAAAAGAAGGUGACCCAAUGGAGAGAAGAUCUAAAAAAAGUAUCCAAAAUUUCUGGAUGGCAUUCGAAGGAAUCUAAGUGUGAAAGGGAGCUUAUUGAAAAAAUUGUCCAAAGCGUGUGGAGGAAAGUGCAAGCGACAUUCACGUUGUCAGACUCCUCACAGAAAUUUGUUGGGGUUACUUCUAGGCUUGAGCAAUUAAGUCUGCUAUUAGCUCAUGAUGCCAAUGAUGUUCGCUUUAUAGGGAUAACGGGGAUGGGUGGCAUAGGUAAGACAACCCUUGCUAAGCUAGUUUAUGAUAAAAUCUUCCAUCAUUUUGAAGUUCAUUGCUUUCUUGGCAACGUUAGAGAGGUUUCUAAAAUAAACCGUACCCUAAUUAGUCUUCAAAAAAGACUUCUUUUUCCAAUGUUGAAGGGAAAGAUUGAAGAAAUUUGGGAUGAAGAUUGCGGAAGCAUUUUCACUAAGAAGUGCUUAUGCAACAAAAAGGUUCUUCUGAUACUUGAUGAUGUGGAUGAUUUAAAACAACUAGAAGUACUGGCUGGAAAUCAAAGUUGGUUUGGUAUGGGAAGUAGAAUUGUCAUUACGACUAGAAAUGAAGGUUUGCUAGUCCAAUGUGGUAUAGCAACAUCAUAUAAGAUGCAGGGGUUGAAUUACUGCGAAGCACUUGAGCUUUUUUGUCUGAAUGCCUUUAUGAAAGAACAACCCGAGGAAGAUUUUUUGGAACUCUCUGAGCAUUUCCUAAAAUAUGCCAGAGGCCUUCCACUAGUUCUUAAAACACUAGGGUCUUUUUUGUAUACGAGAGGUCAGGAUGCAUGGAAGAGUAUGUUGGAUAAUAUUCAUAGAAUCCCCAAUCCAACAAUUUUCAAUUCACUCAAAAUCAGUUAUGACGGACUAGAGGACAUGGAGAAGAGAGUUUUGCUCGAUGUUGCAUGUUUCCAUAAAGGGAAGUGCAUGCAGCAACUUAUUCGAAUACUAGACAAUUCAUUUGAAAUUUCUAGUAGUCUUGUGAUAGAUUUACUAAUUGAGAAAUCUUUGUUAACUAUUGAAGAAUGCUUCCAAUAUGAUAAUUCAGACCAGUACUGCAUAGGUAUGCAUGAUUUGAUACAAGAAAUGGCGUGGACUAUUGUUGUUCAAGAAUCUAAAGAGCCUGGUCUACGCAGUAGAUUGUGGCUUCCCGAUGACAUUUUCCAUAUACUCUCGACAAAUACGGGAACGAGAGCUAUUGAAGGUAUAGUCUUACAGUUACCCGAAAUAGAAGAGGUAGUGCAUUGGAAUUGUGAAGCCUUCUCUACUAUGCAUGGACUGAGGUUUUUAGAAUUCGACAAUUUGAUCAUUUCUUCGAGUCCCAAAUUUCUUCCAUGUUCCUUGAGAAUUAUGAUUUGGAGUUGGUAUCCUUCCAAGUCUCUUCCGCCAAACUUUCACCCACGUUUCCUUACUGAACUAAGAAUGCCUCAUAGCAAACUUGUUCGUUUAUGGGAUGGAAAAGAGAACUUCCCCAAGUUGAAAUAUAUGGAUCUGAUUAAGUCAAAUAAAUUGAUCGGUACACCAGAUUUCACUGGACUUCAAAAUCUUGAGGAGUUGGUUUUCGAGGAUUGUACGAAGUUAGUUGAGAUUCACUCAUCUAUUGCAGUUCUCAAAAAACUUAAAGUUUUGAAUCUUCGUGGCUGUAAAAGUAUUAAGAACCUCCCAAAUAAGGUAGAAAUGGAUUCUCUUGAAUAUUUAGAUCUUACCGAAUGCUCCAAAGUGAAAAAGAUUCCAGAAUUUUCGAACCAGAUGAAAAGUUUGUCCAAGCUUUUAUUAGGUGGGACUGGGAUUGAGAAAUUACCUUCAUCGAUUGGACAUCUGGUUGGACUUACUGUACUAGGUAUCAUUAAAUGCAGAAAUCUGUCGGAUAUUCCUAGUGAGAUUUGUAAUUUGAAGUCUCUUAAAAGGCUGUUAGUUGGCCGAAGUUUGAAAAUCGAAAAACCCCGGGGAAAAGCGGUAUAA